UUAAUAUUUCUCGCUCGGAAAGGUUGUGGUUUUCGCGGGUUUGACCAUUUUUUGUUGUUGUUUUUUUUUGGUUACGGGCUAAGCGGCAUCCGUUACCAGUUCAUUAGCUGAUUUUUGUUGGUGUGCGUGUGUGUGUGUGUGAAAGCGUUCUUGCUGCCAACGCUUUACUUUUUAUGGCCGAAUGUUAAUCUUAUCGCAAAUCAAACUGCGAGCAUGAGUCCAAGCAGACGAAAUUGUAAUUGAAUUUCAGUAUCGCAUUCGUACGCCCCUGUUGGAACUCUACUUUUUGUGGUCCUGCUGCUGCUGAUCCUCGCAAAAUCGCAUCGAUCGACCACAACAACCCAUUGAGAGAUCUCCACCCCCACCACCAACAUGCCUGUGAAGACGGUGUCACGGCAGCAGAGCCAGACGCCCGCCCAGCAGCUGCAGCAGCAGCGCCAGCGGGAUGUGGAGAACGGCCUUUAUCCAAAUAUCCCACCCGAGAGAAGAUCGCCACCCUCGCGCCCACAAACGCUGCGCCAGGACACCAUCGACAUGGAGGAGAUACCCCUCAAUCAGGCAAUAUCGCAGGAGCCGGAGGAUCGACGAAAGAUGAGGGAAAUAUUUGACAAGCACGACUCGGACCGCGACGGCCUGAUCGGCACACACGAGCUGAAGGAGCUCAUUUCGGAUGGCUACUGCCGGGACAUACCCGCCUAUAUAGCCGAGCAGAUACUUCGCCGCAGCGAUGUGGACAACGAUGGGCAUCUGGACUUUGAGGAGUUCUACACGAUGUCGCUGCGCCACAAGUGGAUGGUGCGCAACAUACUGGCCAGAUAUUGCCGCUUUGUGGUGCCGCCGCCCAAGCCGCUGGAGGGCGAUGAACCGGACGGUGCCUACGAGAAGCAAAUGUCUAUCUGCCCGCCGCCCCUCACCAUGGUCAUCUUCUCGAUCAUUGAGAUCAUUAUGUUUCUAGUGGAUAUUAUCCACUUUCAGGACGAUCCCAACUACAACGAUCGACUGGGCGAGAGCACAAGCGGUCCGGCAGCGACGCUCUUUAUCUAUAAUCCGUACAAGCGUUACGAGUCAUGGCGCUUCGUCAGCUACAUGUUCGUCCACGUGGGCAUCAUGCAUCUGAUGAUGAACCUAAUUAUUCAGAUAUUUUUGGGCAUUGCUUUGGAGCUGGUACAUCACUGGUGGCGCGUGGCGCUGGUUUAUUUGGCCGGCGUGCUGGCCGGAUCCAUGGGCACAUCCCUGACGAGUCCGCGCAUCUUUCUCGCCGGCGCCUCUGGCGGUGUGUAUGCGCUGAUCACAGCGCACAUUGCCACAAUCAUAAUGAACUACUCGGAGAUGGAAUACGCGAUAGUCCAGCUGCUGGCCUUUCUCGUCUUUUGUUUCACCGAUCUGGGCACGUCUGUGUACCGCCACCUCACCGAUCAGCAUGACCAGAUUGGCUAUGUGGCGCAUUUGUCUGGGGCCGUGGCCGGGCUGCUGGUGGGCAUCGGGGUGCUGCGCAAUCUGGAGGUGAGGCGCUGGGAGCGCAUCCUCUGGUGGGUGGCCGUCAUAUUCUACUUUGCGCUCAUGACCACCGGCAUCAUCAUACACAUAUUUGUGCCCGACUACUUCCCCAAGCAGGAGUACAACUGAGGCUGUCGUCCGCUGUCGUGCGCUGUUUAGACCACAAAAAACAUAUAUAGCUUUAAGUCGUACCCUUAGCCCUAGAUCUUGGAUGUCCCCGCCCCCAUCCGCUCUCCACCAAAGUGCACUUGAUGUGGAAGAUUGCCGCGAAGCCGCUGUACAGCAGCACAAGCACUGCCGUUUGUGUGCUAUAUAAUUUAUUUUCUUACGCCUAAUUUUGAUGCCCUUUUUGCCGAGAGUCGUGCCGAUCCGCUCAGAGGCAACCGUCCACCCAGAUGGAGUCUGUAUGUACAUA